CACGAGGAUUUUCUAAGUCGGCCAUUCGAGUUUUGUGCCGGAUCGAAAAAGAUCUUUUUUCUUUCCGUCUAGCUGCGUGACUCAUUUGUUUCUUUGUUGGCUAGUGCACUCAUUCGUCGAAUCCCGUAAAGAUGAUGUCCUUACCGGGAACGUUCGCCUGUGACGAAUACGGGCGACCGUUCAUCGUCCUCCGUGACCAGGAGAGCCAGAAGCGCCUGACCGGCAAUGAAGCGAUCAAGAGUCACAUCUUAGCCGCGAAGCAGAUUGCAUCAAUCAUCCGAUCAUCGCUGGGACCGAAGGGACUGGACAAGAUGAUGGUCAGCGGAGACGGUGAGGUCACGGUCACUAACGACGGUGCAACUAUCCUGAAGCUGAUGGAUGUUGAUCACGAGAUCGGCAAACUAAUGGUUCAGCUGAGUCAGUCGCAGGACGACGAAAUCGGCGAUGGCACGACCGGAGUGGUCGUUUUGGCCGGAGCACUGCUCGAACAGGCAGAAUCUCUGCUCGACCGGGGCAUCCAUCCGAUUCGCAUUGCCGACGGUUUCGAGCUGGCCGCCCAGUGUGCCGUCAAGCAUCUGGAUACGAUUGCGCAGCCGUUCCCGGUGUCGCGUGACAACAAGGAACCACUGAUCCGCGUUGCUAUGACUACACUCGGAAGCAAGAUUGUUAAUAAGUGCCACCGGCAGAUGGCGGAGAUCGCGGUCGAUGCGGUGCUGACCGUGGCCGAUCUGGAGAAGAAGGAUGUCAACUUCGAGCUGAUUAAGCUGGAGUGCAAAGUCGGUGGUCGUAUGGAGGAUACCUGUCUGGUGAAGGGUGUGGUGGUGGACAAAACUAUGAGCCACUCGCAGAUGCCUACGGUACUGAAGGAUGUUAAGCUGGCCAUCCUCACCUGCCCGUUCGAGCCACCGAAGCCGAAGACUAAGCAUAAGCUCGAUGUUACCUCUGCCGAUGACUACCGCAAGCUGCGCGAGUACGAGCAGGAGAAGUUCCUGCAGAUGGUCAAGCAGGUGAAGGAUGCCGGCGCGACUCUGGCCAUCUGCCAGUGGGGCUUCGAUGAUGAGGCGAACCAUCUGCUCCUGCAACAGCAGCUUCCAGCCGUCCGCUGGGUGGGUGGACCGGAAAUCGAACUGAUCGCCAUCGCCACCGGUGGUCGUAUUGUGCCGCGGUUCGAAGAGUUGUCCGCCGACAAACUCGGAUCGGCGGGUCUCGUUCGUGAGCUGAGUUUCGGUACAACCAAGGACAAGAUGCUGGUCAUCGAGGACUGCAAGAACACGCGUGCCGUUACCGUGCUGAUCCGUGGUGGCAACCAGAUGGUCACGGCCGAGGCGAAGCGUUCCAUUCACGACGCUCUGUGUGUGGUGCGUUCACUGAUCCGUGAUUCGCGUAUUGUGUACGGAGGUGGUGCGGCCGAAAUCAGCUGCUCGCUGGCGGUGGCCCGUGAAGCCGAUCAACUGUCCACGUUGGAGCAGUACGCGUUCCGUUCGUUCAGUGUUGCGCUCGAGUCGAUCCCACUCGCACUGGCCGAGAACAGCGGUCUACCGCCCAUUGAAACCCUCUCGGAGCUGAAGUCUCGCCAGGGUGUGGAGAACAGUGCCACAUUGGGCGUAGACUGUAUGCUGACGGGCAACUCGGACAUGAAGGACCAUCACGUCAUCGAAUCGCUGCACUCGAAAAAGCAACAGAUUGUCCUUGCGACGCAGCUCGUGAAGAUGAUUCUCAAGAUUGACGAUGUCCGAACUCCGGCCGAUCGUUAAGCAUAGCCGCCCGGAGUAUCGCCCGGAUUCGCAUUUGCUUUUUGAGGAAAUUACUUAUGUAUUCACACACAACACACACCCUUGCACCUAAACUAUACUCUAGGUUCAUUCAUCUUUUUUUCACAAAGAUUAGUCGUCUAAUAACGCAAACACCGCGGGAGCGCAGCACCCAAUCUUUCCUCUUCGUACGUUAAGUCUCAUCGCAACAAAUUGCAACCCGUUGUGGGGAAUAUCUGAUCACUCACCUGAUCACUGAUAUCAUGAUCGACUUAACACUUAAGUGCUUUUUAACUCUCGUUAACCUAAUAAAAUGAGAUUUUUCGUACCAAUAA